AUGCUGCCCGCUGCUGCUCGGCGGCCAUGGCCGGCACCCAGACCCAGGCCCGUGGGGUUUCGUCCUGUGGGUGUAUGCUUUUGUUUUUCUGCACCUCUUGAUUUUUCUGUAAAUUCUGUAAUCUCGCAAGCGUUGGGAUCGACGAGACACUGCGGUCGCGCAGAGAUUCCCCGAGUUGCCCCGGGUGGGUUCCAGGACUUUCGAGUCUCCCAAGACCGCUCCAGGCCCUGUUCACUUUGUCAGUUGUCAUAUUUCUUGCAGAUACUGCAGGUUCUUUUCUUUCUUGUCUCUCUUAUUCAAAUUUGGAUGCUAUUCCUGCCCGAUCAAUCUCCCCCUUUGCGUUGCCCUGCAGCACACGCCACACCCCUCAAGACCCAAAGAGAGGUCCCAAGGCAUGCAGUAUUUCGACCCUGA